CUCAUGGCCUUUUUUCCUUCUGAGCAAACAGUCGCGACUGUCCUUUCUCGACCUUGUUUCAAUCUCUCGACUCGUCCAAGAUGAAUCUAGUUACUUUCUUGACGAGCUUGCUGGCUGUGCCAUGUCUGGCGGUGCCUCAAACGUCGACAGCGGCAUCUCGAGCUUCGACGACAACUUCGUUUGCCGCACAGUUUACUGUCCCUGCGAGCGCCGACGAGGGUGCAACUCUUCUACCCAAUAUCUAUGACCCAACUGCCGCCGACGCACAAGCAGAGUGUCCCGGCUACAAUGCCACCGGCGUCAAGACCUCUUCUACUGGCCUGACUGCCCACUUGACCUUGGCUGGGUCUGCUUGCAAUGUCUACGGCACCGAUAUUCAUGACCUAGAUCUGACGGUCGAGUAUCAGACCGACAAACGACUCCACGUCAACAUCCGUCCUUCUCAUGUCUCCUCUCAGAACCAGAGCUGGUACCUGUUGUCAACCGACUACGUUCCCGCCCCGAGUCAGGAGGACGGCAAGAUGACCACCAGCGACCUCACUUUCUCCUGGGCCAACACCGCGUCGACCGGCUUUGGCUUCAACGUGACCCGAAACAGCACCGGGGACGUCUUGUUCUCCACCACAGGGACCAAAUUGGUCUUUGAGAAUCAAUUCAUCGAGCUGGUCACACACCAGGAAGAGAACUACAAUCUGUACGGGCUUGGUGAAGUCAUCCACGGUCUUCGGCUGGGAAACAAUUUGACAAGGACCAUCUACGCUGCUGACGUAGGAGAUCCCAUUGACAUGAACAUAUACGGCAGUCAUCCAUUCUACUUGCAGACCAAGUAUUUUGAGAUGGGCAAUGACAACCGCACGACCUUGGUCACGCAACCGGUCGACUCCAACAACGAUACCGCAAACUAUACGUCGUCAAACCAUGGUGUCUACUUCAGGAACGCUCAUGGCAUGGAAGUGCUGCUCCGGUCGGACAAUGUCACCUGGAGAACUCUGGGAGGAAGCAUUGACUUGUACUUCUUCUCCGGACCUACCCAGCCGGAUGUCACUCACCAGUAUCUCGACGUCAUCGGACAGCCGGUCCUGCAGAACUAUUGGGGAUUUGGAUUCCAUCAGUGCCGGUGGGGCUACGAGAAUUGGACCGUCACCGAGGGCGUGGUGGACAAUUACGCCAAGUUCGGUAUCCCCCUCGAGACGAUAUGGAACGACAUCGACUACAUGUUCCAGUAUCGAGACUUUGACAAUGAUCCCGUUCGGUUCAAUUACACUGACGGCAAGGCUUUCCUCCAGAGGCUGCACGACAGGGGCCAACACUACGUGCCCAUCAUCGAUAGUGCCAUUUAUGCGCCGAAUCCCGACAAUCAAAGUGACGCAUAUCCGACAUUCAAUGAUGGAAACGACACAAACUCGUUCAUCCUCAACCCCGAUGGAUCCUUGUACAUCGGUUCGGUCUGGCCUGGAUAUACGGUAUUCCCGGAUUGGUUGACCAGUUCCGCACAAGCGUGGUGGAAGAACCAGUUGGUGACGUGGCAUCAAAAGAUACCCAUCGACGGUGCCUGGAUCGACAUGAGCGAGGUCUCGUCCUUUUGCGUCGGUAGUUGUGGAACUGGCAACCUGAGUCUCAACCCGGUCCACCCGCCGUUCAAGCUCCCGGGGGAACCGGGGAACAUCAUCUACGACUACCCGGAGGGGUUCAACUUGACCAACGCGACCCAAGCGGCGUCCGCCGCGUCGGCGUCACAAUCACAGGCCGACGCCACCGUGACCGCGUCCAGCACCACGGUCAGUGGUUCCUCCUCCUCGACGAGUUACCUCCGCACGACGCCCACGGCGGGAUCGCGCAACGUCAACCACCCCCCGUACGUGAUCAACAACGUCCAGGGGGACCUCGCCGUCCACGCGGUCUCCCCCAACGCCACCCACCACAACGGCGUCGAGGAGUACGACGUCCACAACCUGUUCGGCCACCAGAUCCUCCGGGCCACGUACGCCGGUCUCCUGGCCGCCCGGCCGGGCAAGCGCCCGUUCAUCAUCGGCCGGUCGACGUUCGCCGGGUCCGGCGCGGUGGCGGGGCACUGGGGCGGCGACAACAUGUCCAAGUUCUACUACAUGUACUUUUCCAUCCCGCAGGCCCUGAGUUUCAGCCUGUUCGGCAUCCCCAUGUUCGGCGUCGACACGUGCGGCUUCAACGGCAACAGCGACGAGGAGCUGUGCAACCGGUGGAUGCAGCUCAGCGCCUUCUUCCCCUUUUACCGCAACCACAACACCCUGUCGGCCAACCCGCAAGAGGCCUACGUCUGGGCCAGCGUCGCCGACGCCACCAGGGCGGCCAUGGCCGUGAGGUUCCAGCUGCUGCCGUACCUGUACACCCUGUUCUACAACGCCCACGCCCGGGGCGACACGGUCAUGAGGGCCAUGGCCUGGGAGUUCCCCGACGACCCGUCGCUGGCCGACGCCGACCGACAGUUCUUCCUGGGCCCCUCGAUCCUCGUCACCCCGGUCCUCACCCAGGGCGCCACGACCGUCGACGGGGUCUUCCCCGGGCUCGUCGAGGGCACCGACGUGUACUACGACUGGUACAACAAGACCCCGGUGUCGAAGCCGACCGCGGGCAAGAACACGACGAUCGACGCCCCCCUGGGCCACAUCCCGGUGUACAUCCGGGGCGGGGCCGUCCUGGCCACCCAGCAGAUGGCCAUGACCACCCGGGACGCCCGCAACACGUCCUGGUCCAUCGUCGUGGCCCCCGGGGUCGACGGCACCGCCGCGGGCCAGCUGUACCUGGACGACGGGGAGAGCCAGGACCCCAACUCCACCAAGACGGUCGACCUGACCGCGAGGAUGGGGAGCCUCAACGUCACCGUCACCGGUGACUACUCGGGCCUCGAUCUGCCCCUGGCCAACAUCACCAUCUUGGGGGUCCAGUCGGCCCCUCCCAGCAACGUGGUCAAGAUCAACGGGGAGACGGUCGGAAACAGUACUUACGACUCCGACACAAAGACCUUGUUCAUUGGCGGUCUGGAACGGUCGCUGGGUGGCAAGGUCUGGGCUGGGAAUUGGACCUUGUCUUGAAUGAUAACUCGCCCCUGUUGCCAAUAAUGACGGCUACGGAAUGAAUGAUACCUCGGGGAGCAAACCACAUAUCAACACUGUGGCCGAUUUAGGUUCGUCACAGUCAUGACACCUUUUUUUUCGUCUUUGUUGUGUUUCAAAAAAAGGAUAAAUACCAUACAAGGAAUACCUACUCAAUACAUUCCAUCAUUGAAGUCGUUGUGUUCCGCUACCUUGCCU